AAAGGUCUUCGCACAUUAUAACAACUCCACGCCAACGCGGCAGCAACUCUACUCACACUCUCGAUGAGUAGUCAACUAGUUGAUCCACCCAAUGGUCACUAGUGGACAACGCGGUGUCAAGGAGUGGCCAACGCGGUGCCAACGAGUGGGUUAUUCAACAGACAACUCGUCUAACCUCAGUUUUCGGUUAAAUUUUGUCCAAAGAAGUCGUGUUGCUUAUGAAAUGUCGAACUUUACAUUCAGUGAACUGGCGAUUAUAGCUAUUAUAUUUGAUAAUGAAAAUGAACGAAACAGCAGGAAAAGAAGAUAUUGGGUACAUGAUAUGUUGCGACAAAGGAAAUCAGAAGGGGAAUAUUGGAAUAUCCGGAAACGUCUGCUAGAUGACGAAGAAAAAUUCUAUAUCUAUUUCCGUAUGCCGAGAUACUUGUUUUAUUAUAUACUUAAUAUUAUUGAGGACGACAUCUACAAAAGAAACACGCGAUUUAGAGAAGCUGUAUCACCGGAAGAAAAGCUGGCAGUGACAUUAAGGUACUUAAUUAGUGGCUGUUCAUUUAGGACUAUGAGUUCAAGCUUUCGGUUAGGCGAAAGUACCAUCCGGUCGAUAUUAAAAGAUGUGUGCAAUGCGAUUAUAAAUACAAUGAAGGGGAAGUUCAUGCCCACACCUACUACCGAAGACUGGAAAAGAAUCGCAGAUGGUUUCAAUAAAAAAUGGAAUUUUCCAAACUGUAUAGGUGCCAUCGACGGCAAACAUGUAAACAUAAUUGCCCCUCCUAGCAGCGGCUCGCUAUUUUUUAAUUAUAAAAAACACUUCUCUAUCGUCCUCAUGGCUGUCGUCGAUGAUAAAUACAGAUUUAUAGCUGUCGAUAUAGGGGCCUAUGGCAAGAAUAGUGAUGGCGGAAUUUUGGCAUCGUCAAGAUUAGGAAGAGCGAUUGAAAUGAAUACAUUUAAUAUUCCAACUGACACACCAUUACCUGGUACUGAAAUAAUAAUGCCACAUGUUUUUGUAGCCGACGAAGCGUUUCCUUUAAAAAGGAAUUUAUUGCGACCAUAUCCACGUUCAAGUGGCAUUUCAGAAAAGGAAAGAAUAUACAAUAAUCGCUUAUCGCGAGCUCGCAGAGUAAUUUAA